AUGAGUGCAGGCCUACUGGUGGUAGAAGUGAGUGCAGUAUUUUUCCUGACUUUGUUAUUGCUGGAUAAAUAUGGUAGCUGGCGACGACAGCAUUUCAUUGUAACAAUCUUAACGUUUAUUGGCUGGUUCUUCUCUUUCAUUAUUAUCUUUAUUCUACCGUUGGAUAUUGCUAUCACAUUUUAUAAUCGUUGCCUACUGGAAAAGCCGCAGUUAUCAGUCGAGAAAUAUCUGAGUUUUGAUAAUAUCACAGACCCAAUAUGCAAAAAACCGAUUGGCUUUGUACCAAAUCACGUUUUGCUACGAUUGUGGCGUGUUGUUUAUUGGACAGCACAGCUACUGACAUGGAUUGUAUUACCUUUGAUGCAGAGUUACUCAGAUGCUGGUGAUUUUUCAUCACUUGGUAAGUUGCGAUCUGCCAUAUACAACAAUGUUGUAUAUUACGGAACCUAUCUUGCUCUUUUCUUCAUGUUCAUGGUUUAUGCUGCUAUGAAAGGAGUGGCGUUAAAUGCGGAAUAUUUGAAAGUGAUUCUUAUUUCUGCUUCUAACACUUGGGGCUUAUUUUUAUUGGUGGUUCUACUGGGCUAUGGCCUAAUAGAGGUUCCACGACAGUUCUGGCAAAUGGGAAAUCGAGAUUAUCGGUUGAACAAAACGUAUUUUGAUAUAGAUAAAUUGUCGACUGACAAAAACGACGCCGAGGAUACUGUUCGGGAGGUGUAUAAGGAGGCUCGGAGCGUCUUAACACUGCUGCAUAAUGAGCAUACAUUACGAAAAUACGCGCAGGUAAUUGUGGCAAAAUUUCCACCGGAGAUGGUCUCACAAAUUAGCUCGAGAUCGAAUGACGGUUUUUCAGCAGCCUCCAGCAUCGCGCCAAACAGUAAAGGUUUCGUUGCAAACAAAAAGUAUUUGAUACGGUUGCAUAAACGUGUUAUUAGUGCCGUACAGAAUCAUCAUAGAAGACAGGCACAAUGGAAUGCAUUAAUACUUCGGGCCUUAUAUCUAGAAGAUGUUCAGCAAGCCGAAAUGACAGGCCAGUUUAUCAGAACCAAGGGACGUCAGACAAAUUUUUUCCACUGUCCAUCUCGCAUUUGUUUUUUGUGGCAUGUGUUUUAUAAGAGGACUUUGAUGAAGAUUCUCGGACUUUUCUUUUACGUGAUAACUGGGUUCGUAAUGUGGAGUGAGUGUACGUUUUUUAUUGUACAUCCACGGCUUUCAUUAGCAGCUCUUAUUGUUCAUCAUGCGGCACACGGCUAUCAUUAUCUUCAUAUUCAGAUCUGUGCAACUGUAAUCAUAUCAUAUCUUUGUAUCUGUGCAUAUUAUACAGUGUUUAAAUUGCGGAUCUAUCGGUAUUACCAUCUGGACCCUCAUCAUAUGACCGAUGAAAAUAGCUUAUUGUUUAGCGCUAUCUUACUAUGUCGCUUAACUCCACCAAUGUGUCUUAAUGUGUUGGGAAUGAUUCAUCUCGACUCACAUAUUACUUCAGAUGCAGAAUUUGGAGUCGAGACACAGUUUACAAAAUUGAUGGGCCAUUUAGAUUUAAUAUCAGUUCUGGCAAAAGGCAUCAAUAUCUACCUUCCCAUUCUAAUUGUUUUGCUCGCCUUGGGAACUUGGUUCAGAUUGGGAACUCGAUUGCUGCACUUGCUUGGCAUCGAUCAGUUUAUUGACGAUGACGAAAUGACAGUGGAAUUGAUUAAUGGUGGAAAAGCUCGUGUUUCGUUAGAGCGUAAUAAGAUAAUGCGUGCUGCCUAUCGCGAAGAAAGAGAUCAGUAUUGGACGGAAAAGUUGACAAUGAAGACAGCUUCAGAUCAUGGAGCAUUUAGAAGUGAAAUUGGUACUUCUCAGUCAGAUUAUCGGUUUUCAGACACUCGCGAAUACAGUGAUCGUGAGCCAAUCAUGGCAGAUGACAAUGGAGAAGAGUAUUCAUCAUUCAAUUUAAUCAGUAGUGGCGGUUACGAAUUUUCUGGUGCACAUCCUCCACCAAAUAUGUUUGAUGAUCUUUGA